AUGGCCACAAAAGUAUCAGGCGGCAAGGAUGGCCAGAAGAAGCCUGCCACCGCCGCGACCAACUUGAUUGCUGGUGGUGGUGCUGGUAUGAUGGAGGCCUUGGUCUGCCAUCCUCUUGACACCAUCAAGGUGCGCAUGCAGCUUUCCAAGCGCGGCAGAGUACCGGGCCAGGCCAAGCGCGGCUUCAUCCGCACUGGUGUCGAGAUCGUUCAGAAGGAGACCGCCCUUGGUCUGUACAAGGGUCUCGGUGCCGUGCUCACUGGUAUCGUUCCCAAGAUGGCCAUCCGCUUCACCUCGUUCGAGUGGUACAAGCAGCUCCUCGCCAACAAGGAGACCGGUGUUGUUUCCGGCCAGGCCCUCUUCCUUGCCGGUCUCUCUGCCGGUGUGACCGAGGCCGUUGCCGUCGUCACUCCCAUGGAGGUCAUCAAGAUUCGUCUCCAGGCGCAACACCACUCCAUGGCCGAUCCCCUCGAUGUGCCCAAGUACCGCAACGCCGCCCACGCUCUCUACACCGUCGUCAAAGAGGAGGGGUUCAGUGCGCUCUACAGAGGUGUCUCGCUCACCGCGCUCAGACAGGGCAGCAACCAGGCCGUGAACUUCACUGCCUACACCUACUUCAAGGAGUGGUUGUACCAGUACCAGCCCGAGUACGUCGGCGGCAACCUCCCCAGCUACCAGACCACUCUCAUCGGUCUCGUGUCCGGUGCCAUGGGUCCUCUGAGCAACGCCCCCAUCGAUACCAUCAAGACCAGACUCCAGAAGAUGAAGGCCGAGCCCGGCACCUCCGCCCUCCAGAGAAUCACCAAGAUUGCUGGCGAGAUGUUCAAGCAAGAAGGAUUCCACGCCUUCUACAAGGGCAUCACCCCCAGAAUCAUGCGUGUCGCCCCCGGCCAGGCCGUCACUUUCACCGUCUACGAGUUCCUUAAGGAGAAGCUCGAGAAGAGCGGCCCAUCAGUCAUCACUGGGGGAAGGUACGAAGAAUAA